ACGGUUGACCAAGACAAAUUCUUUGUAUUUUUGUUAAAAAUAUCAUUUUCAAAUAUGUCUAUGAACAAGUUUAUGCAUCCACGCAAUAUCUAUCGACAAAAGCCGGACUUUCAAGUACUGGUCAAGCAAUACCCAGAAAUGAAUCAAGUCGCAACUGUGGAUUUGAAUGGCCGAAUCAAACUUGACUACAAAGAUCGGAAGGCUUUGCAGCUGCUAACGGCUUGCCUACUGAAACGGGAUUUCGGUCUGGAAUUGGACCUGCCACCGGAUAAGCUAGUGCCGACCUUGCCCCUGCGUUUGAACUACAUCCUAUGGCUCGAGGAUUUGGAGGAGGCGUUCGGGUGGAAAAACCGAUCCGAGGUAAGGGGGUUGGAUAUUGGAUGUGGAGCAUCUUGCAUAUACCCCUUGCUCGGAGUGUCACAUUCCAAGCAUCGUUGGAAAAUGAUCGGUUUGGAGCUGCUCGAAGAUAGUGUCGAAUUUGCCAGGAGAAACGUUGAAAGGAAUGGUUUGGCAGAAUAUAUCGAAGUGGUACAGCAGAAAAAAUUUUGCGAGAACAUUCUGACAGGGUUCAUGGAAGGGCAAGAGGAAUUAGAUUUUUGCAUGUGCAACCCUCCGUUCUAUGAGGAUGAAAUAUCAGAAAGCGAAAAUCGUACAUCUAGGAGAAAGGAGCCAUCUAAUGCUGCUACCGGUUGCGACCAAGAAUUGCGUAUAGAAGGGGGAGAAUUACGUUUUGUUGAAAGGAUAAUUGACGAAAGUUUGAAGUUAAAAGAGCGAAUCUCGAUCUACACCUCAAUGAUUGGUCAUAAGAGAAAUUUUGAGGAAAUUCUUCGCAUUAUGAAAAGUCGCUCUAUAAAUAAUAUUACAACCACGAGGUUUUGUCAAGGGAAUACUACACGGUGGGGAAUUGCGUGGAGUUUUUCUAGCGCUACUCUUCUGGCUAAAGUACCUGACAGAUUUGAACAGGAAUCGUCCAAGCGAAAAGCGCCGGGAAAGCCUCUUGACGGAAGAAUUUUGUCUCUAGACGACGUUCCAUCGCUAGAUGUAGCACGUUCCAAAUUAUUGGCUGUCUUAUCGCAGCUUGACCUUGAGCUGAAACCUCUGGUCGAUGCAGAGUGCAUGUGGGAGUUGUCGGCGCAAGAAAACAGCUGGUCACAUCAACGUCGGAGGCGACGAGGAGCGCAAAGAAAACCGAGUCCAGGCAGCGAAAAUAGAACAAACGAAGAGCGUGAAAACGGUGCUUCUCCUAGUACCGAAGGAACACCUUCCAAGAGAUUGAAAGCGGACAACAGUCAUACUGAACCAGUCCUAAAGUCAGUACUUGCCUUGAAGAGUAGGGAAGACGGGUACUAUCUAGCUUUAAGUUAUUUAAGCGGCAUUGCUGGAAAAGAUGCUCUCAACCAGAUUUUGCAGUUUGUGAAAAAUAACAUACAAAAAGUUCAGUAGCUACACUGCAGUUUGAAUGCGUCCGAAACCUCUAGAAUAACAUCAAAUAGACCAAGAAAUAUAAUUUA